AUGGCACCGCAAACAGAGGACCUAGAAAGAUGGCCACCCGUAGAGGAGGUGUGGGAUGAGCUGAAGCGCAUCGGCUUCAUUGCCCUCCCCUCCACCGCUACUGCCCUCACCGGCCACGCUCGCGGCCUCAUCUCGGCUCUCUGCCUUGGCCUACUUGGCCCCAUCAACCUCGCAGGUGGCUCCCUCGCCCUCGCCUUCAUCAACGUCACCUCACAAUCUCUCCUCUCCGGUCUCGCCCUCGGCAUGGAGCCCCUAUGCACCCAAGCGGCUGGCUCCAACAAUUUCCUCCUCCUCUAUACGACCCUUCUUCGAACUAUGGCCCUCCUCGCGAUCUUCGCCCUUGUCAUUGCACCACUGUGGCUAGCCAUGAAGCCCCUUGCCCUAGCCCUGGGACAGGACUCGGAAGUUGCGACCGUGGCCGCGGUGUACUGCAAAGCAGCACUACCCACCCUAGCAGCAGCGUGCCUGGGGCUUCCGAUGAGGGUGUAUAUGAGAUGUAGGGGGUGGGUGGGAGCGAUGGUGUGGUGUGGGGCUGUGGGGGUAGUGGUGCACUUGCUACUUGCUUGGAUUUUGGUGUUUAGAGUGGGAAUGGAACUGAAGGGGGUGGCGGUGGCGGGGUGGUUGGCGGAGGCGGGGGUGGCGGGGUUGAUGUCAGUGUGUGUAGAAAGAGGGAAGAGUUCACGGGUUGCGGGAUUGAGAGGGGGAGAGGAGGGGGGUUGGAAGGAGUUGAUGAGGAUGGCUGUGCCAAGUUGCGUGGGAGUGUGCUUGGAGUGGUGGUGGUAUGAGCUAAUGACACUUCUAGCUGGCUACCUAUACAACCCGAAAGUUACCCUAGCAGCGGCCGGUAUCAUCAUACAGACAACUUCAUUGAUGUACACAAUUCCGGUUGGGCUGAGUGCGGCAGCAAGCACCCGAGUAGGGAAUGCGUUAGGAGGCGACCGGCCCGAUAGAGCUCGCAUAGCCACAUGGGUUGCCAUGUCUCUCGCCGUCAUAGCUUCUCUCUUGUGCUUAACUUGGACAAUUUUGGCCAGGAAACAAUGGGCAGGUUUAUUCACUAAUGAUGAGGAGGUUCUAGAGUUGGUUAUGGGUGCUUUGCCAGUGAUUGGGCUUUGUGAGAUUGGAAAUUGCCCUCAAACUACAGCUUGUGGGGUGCUGAGGGGGAGUGCUAGGCCUGCAAUUGGUGCUACCAUAAAUCUUUACUCUUUUUACUUGGUGGGCACCCCAAUUGGCAUAGCUUUGGCCUUUGGUUUUGACAUGGGUUUUGUGGGUUUGUGCUAUGGGCUCCUAUGUGCUCAAUUGGUAUGCUCAAUGUCUAUUGUCCUAGUAGUUUUGAGGACUGAUUGGGAUAAGGAGGCCCUGAAAGCUAAACACAUAGUAGGAAUAGAUUCACAUGAGUCAAACCUAGAGGUUGUUGAGGCAUGCCUUAAAAUGAAUAGGCAGAUUAAGGUCUAA